AUGGCUGAGGAGCACCAGAAGCCCGAGGCUGCUGCUGUUGCAGAAGCACCAGCAACUUACAGUGAGGAAGUUGUGGUGGUGGCUGAUGCGCCGCCUGCCGAGAAGGCUGUACCCGAGAAAGAAGGUCCUCCGGAGGCCGAGGCUGAGGCGGUAGCCGAGAAGCCUGUGGCUGAGGAGAAGGCCCCCAAGGCUGCUGAGGAGGAUCAGAAAAUCAUCGCUCAGUCGGUUUCUUUCAAGGAGGAGAGCUAUGUUGUUGGUGAGCUUCCCGAGCCGCAAAAGAAGGCUCUUGAGGAGCUCAAGCAACUCAUCCAGGAGGCCCUCAACAAGCACGAGUUCACUGCUCCGCCCACUCCCCCGCCGGCCAAGGAGGAAGAGAAGCCUGCACCGCCUGAGGAGAAGAAGGCCGAAGAAGAACCCAAAGCUGAAGUUGCUGCUGCUGAAGAACCAAAAACAGCAGAAGCAGCAAAAGAAGCCAAAGAAGAAGAGAAGCCCAAAGAGGAAGCCAAAGAAGAAGACAAGCCCAAAGUGGAAGAAGAAGAGAAGCCAACAGAGACUGUGGCUGUGGUUGUGACAGAGGAGGUUGUGGAGACUGUUGACGAUGACGGCGCAAAGACCGUAGAGGCCAUCAAAGAGACCAUAGUGGAAGUUGCCUCUGCUUCUGCAGCAGAGGAGGCUGCAGCCGAGCCUAAACCAGAAUCCGAGGUGGCAGCGGAGGCUUGUGCUGCUGCUGCUCCGGCCCCGGAGGAGCCGAAGACGGAAGAGGAAGCCCCCGCCGCACCUCCUCCGCCGCCGGAGGAGGUGCAUAUCUGGGGAAUUCCGCUCCUCAGUGACGAGCGGAGCGACGUCGUUCUGCUAAAGUUCCUGAGAGCCAGGGACUUCAAGGUGAAGGACGCGUUCGCCAUGAUCAAGAACAGCGUGCGGUGGAGGAAGGAGUUUGGCAUCGACGCCCUUCUGGAGGAGGAUCUUGGAAGCCAUUGGGACAAGGUGGUUUUCACCCAUGGAGUUGACAAGGAAGGCCACUCUGUCUGCUACAACGUUUUUGGGCAGUUUCAGAACAAGGAGCUCUACCAGAACACCUUCACAGAUGAAGAGAAGAGGUCAAAGUUCAUCAAGUGGAGGAUCCAGUUCUUGGAGAAGAGCAUCAGAAAGUUUGACUUCAACCCUACUGGGAUUUCGACAAUUGUUCAGGUCAAUGAUCUCAAGAACUUCCCUGGUUUCUUCAAGUGGGAGCACAACCAGGUCACCAACCAGGCCCUUCAAUUGCUUCAGGAUAACUACCCUGAGUUUGUAGCCAAACAGGUGUUCAUCAAUGUCCCAUGGUGGUAUCUUGCUUUCAACAGGAUGAUCAGCCCCUUCCUCACCCAGAGGACCAAGAGCAAGUUUGUGUUUGCUGGUCCUUCCAAGUCUGCUGAGACCCUUUUCAAAUAUAUUGCUCCUGAGCAUGUACCAGUUCAGUAUGGUGGGCUAAGCAGGGAGGGUGAGCAUGAAUUCACCACAUCUGAUCCUGUCACUGAGAUCACAGUUAAGCCAGCCACAAAGCACACAGUUGAAAUCCCAGUCUCUGAGAAUGGUCUUCUGGUUUGGGAAGUGAGAGUGGUGGGAUGGGAUGUGAGCUAUGGAGCCGAAUUUGUGCCGUCCGCGGAGGACGGGUACACCAUAAUAUUGCAGAAGACCAGGAAGGUUGCUCCAGCUGACGAGCCAGUGAUCUCAAACAGCUACAAGAUUGGGGAGGCAGGCAAGGUGGUGCUCACCAUUGAUAACCAAAGUUCCAAGAAAAAGAAGCUCCUCUACAGGUCCAAGACCAAGCCUUGCUCCGAUUGA